GUCACACAGGUGUAGCCUAUGGGUAUAGAUGACAGCCCUCCCUGAGACGGAGACACUGCCCUGUGCGGGAGGAGGGGCACGUGUUUUGGUUUCACUCAGCCAGUGCAACAGACUUUCAGGCAGAUAGGUUCGGGAUCUUAGCCUAAUGAAAUCAGCUUUAUUCUCGCUGUUGGAGCUAUAGUCAAAUCCCGUGGUGUCGCACACAGCUGUUAUUAGGAUUUUGGGAGAUUCCAUGGUGCACCAGCGGUGUGGAUAGCACUGCCAGGCAGCGCGUAAAGGCUCCAGGAUGACACCAUUAGACGGACAUCAAGCGGAGGAACGGGACUCGCAGAGCCAGGAGGACUCAGAGUGUCCCGUGUGUUAUGAAAGUCUCUCCGGCACCGAGAGGACCCUGAGCUGCGGACACGUUUUCUGCCACGACUGUCUGGUCAAAACCUUGGUCAGUAUCAACAGGGAGGGCGUCAUCAGAGACACCAUCAUCUGUCCCGUCUGCCGACACCUGACUUUCAUCAAGAAGCAACAGGAGGUUGGGGUUCCUCUCGCCCCGGGGAAAGAGGCUGAGGAAGGAGGCGGGCAGACCUUGAAGGUUCCUGUCCCUCCACCAGCACCUGGUAACCCACAGCAUCACCAUGAAGCACGACGCGCGUCAGGGCAUAGUAGCUCACCGUCUGAUUCAAGUGGACUGAGUUGGAUUGUGAGACGUUUUAGGUGUAUUUCAGAGAGAUGCAGGAGUCGACGGAUACUGUCACUGAUCACUCCCGACCACAGAAACUCUCAGAUUUUCAUCAUCAGUGCCCAGGGCCGACCCAUGUCUGAUGAAGAUGCGGUGAGCCUGGACACUAUGCCUGUUGUUCUCCAACCCAACCGCAGGAGACGGCGCGUCAAGAUUUGUACAACAGCACGUUGCUUGGUCGUUCUGCUGGUGAUAUUCACAUUGAUGGCAAUGGUAGCUGCCACACUUCCUUGGAUUAUAUUGGCAUAGCCCACAAAGCCAGAGCCAUAUGGCUCUAGCAUAUGCAUGGUGCGUCAUUGCGCACUACGUGAUCGUCAUUACUAUAUCUUGUUAUUAAUAUGCCAUUUAGCAGACGCUUUUAUCCAAAGCGACUUACAGUCAUGUGUGCAUACAUUCUACGUAUGGGUGGUCCCGGGAAUCGAACCCACUACCCUGGCGGUACAAGCGCCAUGCUCUACCAACUGAGCUACAGAAGGACCAUUGUAUGGUAAUUGUCUCUUCACUCAUGCUCUCAUGAAGACAUGUAAUUGCACUUAAUUAACUGAAACGUGUCACUUUGUCCAUUCUGUCUAUAU